AAAAUAGUUUUUGAGCGGCAUUAAGUAUCGCGCACUUAACUCCUACCGACACCGCGUAAAAUAGUUAUGAAAAAAUGGACUCAACACGGUUGUUUAAAAUAUUCUCAAUUCUGAUGAGGUCAUGACAGUUAUAAUUUGAUGCUGACUCCACGUCGACUCCCGCUCGCACUUCAAAGACUUUCUACUACUCCCGGGAGCGUUACUCGCCCCCGUGACCCACCCCCACUCCCCCAACCCGCUGCCCCGAACACCGAGGAAAGACUGGACUCUACAUCUUCGUAGCAAUCAAACAUGGGGGCGGUCAGUUAGCAUUUUAAAACAUGUCAAAGAAGCGUGGAUCUUCAGUUGGUUCUGGCAAUUCAUUAGACAAUGACAAGGCGAAAAAACCGAAAUUCACCCCAGAUUUGUCUGGGGUAGGAGCUGUGAUCGUCGAAGUUGGUCUCGGAAAAACUCGAGCAUCCAUACUGACGAAACAGCUCGAGAGGCAUGGAGGAAAACACCACAAGAAAUUGGAAAGCGGUACCACACAUGUAUUGAUUGACAAAAAAUUGAAAACAGAGAAACUGAAAAAGUACCUAGCCGUCACAGACAUUCCCGAAGAAGUCAAGGUUGUGGAUUCCGAGUGGUUGAGCAAGUGUUUAUCUGAAGGGAAACUUGUAGAGUUAGAUCAGUACAUUUUGGGCAAAGAAGACUUCGUAGUUGUAGAGAAAUGUGUUAAUAAGGCAUCAGUUAGUAAUAAUGACGAUGGAAAUCAAUCUUCAGAGCCAGCUGUUAUAAAACCUUCAGGGAAAAGCCUUGAAGCAGUGGUGGGUAUAUCAAGUGCCAGUGAUUCAGUCAGUAGAUCUCCAACAAAGCACACUGCUUCAAAAAUUCAAGAUCCAAGAGAUGAUGACAGUGAUUAUACUGAUAGUGGUGAUGAAGGAAGCAAAUCAGACAGAUCUCCUGUUAUCACACCAAAUGUCUCACCAGAAAAACUUCAGACAAGCUGGGUGUGUGCUCAUGCAUCAGCGUCACAGCAACAAAAUCACAACCAGUUCAUCACUGACAAACUUCAAGUUCUUGCCACGUCAUAUGCAAACACAAAAGAUCAGUGGAGAGCUCUAGGAUACAAGAAAGCCAUCGCGUCAAUCAAGAAUUAUCACAAAAAACUUGAAACAUGGGAGGAAUGUAGUAGCCUUCCCUAUGUCGGAGAACGCCUUGCCAAGAAAAUAUGGGAAAUUGUCCAGAUUGGUCACUUGCGAAGGCUUGACCAUGUAGAUCCCAAGCAGGAAGCCCUGAACUUGUUUGUUGGUGUCUGGGGUGCUGGACCUACCACAGCAGAAGCUUGGAUCUCACAGGGACUUAAGACGCUCGAAGAUCUAAAGAACCAUGGGAAGUUGACACGGCAACAAGAGAUUGGAUUGAAAUACUAUGGUGAAUUUCUAGAAAGAAUGCCAAGGGAAGAAGCUGGUAAGAUUGAAGAAGUGGUUAAAAAGGCAACAUUGGAUAUCAACCCAGGACUACAAGCCUUUGCUUGUGGGUCUUACCGUAGAGGAAAGCCAACAUGCAGUGAUGUUGACAUCAUUGUGUCACACCCAGAUGGCAAGUCCCAUGAAGGUGUGAUGGCAAAGCUUCUAGAAAGUCUGAAAUCAACAGGUUUCCUCACAGAUGAUCUGACGUUAGCUGAUAAUGGUCAGCAUAGAAAAUAUCUUGGUGUGUGCAAACUUCCCGGAGAAAAUACAAAGCACAGACGCUUGGACAUCAUUGUGGUGCCGUACAAUGAAUGGGCGUGUUCUUUGUUGUACUUUACAGGUUCUGAUUACUUUAACAGAUCAAUGAGGCUCCUAGCUAAAAAGAAUGGCAUGUCAUUAUCUGAGCAUUCUUUAAACAAAGGUGUCAUCCGCAAGGGAAGUGAAAAGAUCUUUGAAGGAACUCCACUUCCUGUAUUCACUGAGAAAGAUGUGUUUGAUUAUCUUGGGUUGGAGUACAGAGAACCACAUGAAAGAGACUGGUAGUUAAAUAGGGAUGGUUAUUACACUUACAGUUCAAAUUACCUAGUUUAAGUGAUAAGAGCAGGCCCUCUAUUCAAGAAUUUAGGUGCGGGAUUUUAGGGGAGUUAUUCUACUAUUGUAAGCAUAUACCAGUACCUAUUCUGCUAGCACUAAAAUCCCGACACAAAGAAUAUGCUUGUUGGCUAGUUAUUACCAAAUAGAAAAUUAGAGGGAGGGUAGAAUAUUUUAAAGUGCUAUUAGCUCAGUAUUUAGAUAGGAAGUUCUAUAACCUUGGUUAUAUUCCAAAUGCAACCCAAACAGUAGCCUUCUUUCCAUUUAUCAUUUUUUUCUCAUUCAUUGGUGUAAAAUUAGAUGUUAUCAUUCUUAUUCGUACAUA